GUUAAUAACAGAGCACAGAUUAUUUUCAGUCUCUAAUCACAAUUAAACUAUACAAUAGUUACAAAACAUGACAUACAAUAUAAAACACUCUUUGUGUUGGUAUGUUAUUGCUAACAUGCAGAACAGCUCAGACACCUUGUUUAUAUCCCAGUAAGUUUAAAGAAUAUUUAAUGAUCAAGAUGUCAUUUCAAAAAUAUAAACCUGCAAGCACAACUUCCUCUUUCUUAAAAAUGACCAAAAGUAAGCCACGACUCUUGGACUUUUUAAUUAGAAUCCAUUUUUUCAUUGCUAAAACAAAGUGGAAAUCUGUUGGCUGUACUGUGGCUACAAGACUGCGUAUUAGCCACCAUCUGUGUCUACAUCUGUUUAAUGAAUAAAACUGCAUUCAUGGAUGUGCGCCAGAGGUUUGCAGUUGACUGUUUCACAGUAUGGUUUUCUAGGGUUUAAUCUGAUGUCUAACAUUUAAAUUGAGAAGCUAUUUAGUAAAACAAAACUUAUCUACAGAAUUAACUUGGACAUGAAAAGCAUCUCCUGGCUACAUCCCAGCAGAAGACACUCCAGUCAUAUCUUUGUACGCGUUUGCACAUCUACAACAUUUUUGUGUAUGUGUGUGUUGCUCUCCAGUGACUACUUGUUCAAACUUCUUCUGAUUGGUGAUUCUGGAGUCGGGAAGUCAUGUCUGCUGCUACGUUUUGCGGAUCACACCUACACUGAGAGUUACAUCUCCACUAUUGGGGUUGACUUCAAGAUCAGGACCAUUGACAUGGACGGGAAGACUGUGAAACUGCAGAUUGUAAGAGUUUAUUCAUCAGACAUGGGAAUGCUGAUCAGGAAACACUGUUUUGCAAUGGUCACAGUAAAAAGUCAGAAAAUCCUGUGUCAUGUAAGGCUGUAUUUGUGUGUCGCUCAGUGGGAUACAGCAGGUCAGGAGAGGUUUCGAACCAUAACCUCCAGCUACUACAGAGGAGCUCAUGGUAUCAUCAUCGUGUAUGACGUCACCGAGCAGGAGUCCUUUAACAAUGUGAAGCAGUGGUUAGAUGAGAUAGAUCGUUACGCCUGUGAAAAGGUCUCCAGGCUUUUGGUGGGAAACAAGUCUGACCUCAUUAGUAAGAAAGUAGUGGACGCUGCCACUGCUCAGGAUCUGGCUUUGUCUCUUAAAAUCCCAUUCCUGGAGACGAGUGCUAAGAGCUCUGAUAACGUGGAGAAGGCUUUCCUCACCAUGGCCUCUGAGAUCCAUAAGCGCCUGGCCAGUGAGGGAGGGGGAAUGCAAUGCCAGUCCAAAGAGGCAAGGGCCCAGAGUGCUAAGAUCAACAGUGCCCCUCUGUGGCUGGGAGGAGAAAAACAGAUGGAGGAGGCCAAUAACUGCUGCUGACCAGAAGAGACACCAACAUGAUGUGACUACAAUGAAAUGUCCACUGUUCAAAAGAGGGAGAUCUGAAAUACAUCCACUUUUCAGGAAGGAAAAACAAGCUUGAGCUUGAUGAUUUUGAAUUAAAUAUAUAAUGGCAUUUAUACUUUUUUAGAGAGCAAAAACAAACAGGACUGAUAACAAAGAUUUGAAACAGAGUUUUAUAUGCAUACAGGCCCAUUUACUGUAUUGUAAACCUGUCACAUGGAAUUAGCAAUAUUUCAAAAUAGUUAAUAGUCACGCAGUAGGGCAAAAAUUCUAUCAGACAGUGUGAUAUGAAUAUUUUGAGCUGAACCUUUGAGCUAUUAUAUUUAACAGUUUUGUUGUGUUUCCUGCGUUGUUUAUCAAUAAAGGUAUUUUUGUCUUCAUGAUGAAAUGCAUAACAAGGCCCUGUUUUAAAUGUGCAUGUAAAUAUAUAUAUGAGUGUUUUCUGAUGUGUUGCCUCUCUGGCUAAGUUUAGGCUUCUAGUAAUUCUACAAGUUAAGAAAACUGAAAGACAACCUUCAGGAAACCAACACUGAUUGUUUGUAUGAGAUGUGGUGUGAACCAGUGUUCAAUGGCAGGAACACACGAAAAAUGUCAUCAUCUCAUUAGGGUUUCAACAAAAGCCAGAUAAAAUUUAAUUUAACAGAUGAUUAACUAUCCUGAUAGAGGCUCUGUAAGUCAGUGUAACACAGACAGUGGGGGAGUCUCUGUGUUCAGUCUUCAGACAUGAACCUAUGUAAUUUUAUUUCUUAAAUUAAGGAAUUAGGACUUUCAGUAUGCACAUUUACAAUUUUAACAAAAAAGAAUUUGUUGUGAACAGACUAAACCAAGAGGUCAUAUGACCUGAAAUUAGUUGAUCUUCAGUGUAGACAUUCAGUUUUAAUAGCAGCACAUCUGUUCAAGCUCCAAAUGAUUAAGCGUUAGAAGAUUCUCACAGGCUUAAAAUCACUACCCGCUAUCUCACCAUAAUUAAUAAUUAUGAUUAACUGUCAGACAUUCUCAGACAAUAUUAGUCUGACAAAUACCACUCUGGGGUGUGAAGUGAUUUCUCAUAUUGUCUGACAACCUUAAAUAUGUUCUAUUGAGAUAAUUUUUCACAUGAUACAUUACUGUAAGGAUUCUUAUGGUAGCACAAUGAUCAGUGAUUCACCGAACACUGAUAUAAUAUCAGUGGCAAAUUAUUUAUUUAUUUUUUUUAUAAUCAUGAAACAUCCAGAAUUCCUCACUAAAAUCAUAUGAACAUUAAACAAAAAGUACAAAUACAAUACGGACUUUCUCCUCAGAAAGAUGAGAGGUCCAUAUUACCACACUGCUGCUUGCAAAGUGGAAAUGAUGAAUACAGGUUAUUUGUCAA